CAUGUCUCGGACUCUAGUUGCCAUGUUUCCCUGAAGGCUGAAAGUCAAUCGCACUUCUGAGAGAGGGAGAGAGCAUCCCCUUUUCCUUUCUUUCAGAAGCUGAAGCCGCCGCGAUCGUGAGGAAACAAAGGUAAGAGAGACAGAGAGAGAAAGGAGAGACGCGUAGAGUGAUGCUAUUUCCAGAGAUCGUAGUCUUAGCUAGGUCAAGAUUACCCGGGGACCUUAGUUUCCAUCUUUUACCUUGCAACUCUCGCUUCUCUCCCCUCAGUGGCCUUGCUGCCUGAGUCCGAUUGAUUUCUCUGAAGAGAAGAUAAGGGUUUGUGUCGUGUUUUUAGGGUUGGAGGAGGGAGUAUAGUGAUUGAUGGAUAGUGGUCUUCUGGAUGAUAUCAUCCGGCGGCUGCUGGAGGUGAGAGGGAGGCCGGGAAAGCAGGUGCAGCUUUCGGAAGCAGAGAUUCGCCAGCUCUGUGUUGUGUCGCGCGACAUUUUUUUGCACCAACCUAAUCUGCUUGAGCUUGAGGCUCCCAUUAAAAUUUGUGGGGACAUUCAUGGUCAGUACUCUGAUCUGUUACGUCUCUUUGAAUAUGGAGGCCUUCCUCCUGCAGCUAAUUACCUCUUCUUGGGCGACUAUGUUGACCGAGGGAAGCAGAGUCUUGAAACAAUAUGUCUCCUUUUAGCCUACAAAAUCAAAUACCCUGAAAACUUCUUCCUUUUGAGAGGCAACCAUGAAUGUGCUUCAAUAAACCGAAUAUACGGAUUUUACGAUGAAUGUAAACGUAGAUUCAACGUGAGGAUUUGGAAAGUUUUCACGGAUUGCUUUAACUGCCUUCCUGUGGCGGCUCUUAUUGAUGAAAAAAUCCUCUGUAUGCAUGGAGGUUUAUCUCCGGACUUGCAUAGUUUGGAUCAGAUAAGAAACCAAGCCCGACCAACUGAUGUUCCUGAGACUGGUUUACUUUGUGAUCUUCUCUGGUCUGAUCCUAGCAAAGAUGUACAAAGCUGGGGAAUGAAUGAUAGAGGGGUUUCCUACACUUUUGGUGCUGACAAGGUGUCUGAGUUUCUUCAAAAACAUGAUCUAGAUCUUAUAUGUCGUGCUCAUCAGGUUGUUGAAGAUGGCUAUGAGUUCUUCGCUGAUAGGCAACUGGUCACGAUAUUCUCAGCACCAAAUUACUGCGGAGAAUUUGACAAUGCGGGUGCUAUGAUGAGUGUGGAUGACACUCUUAUGUGUUCCUUUCAAAUACUAAAGCCGGCGGAGAAGAAGAAACCAAACUUUGGAAGUACUACUAGUAAAUUGGGGACACCUCAAGCAGGAGUGAAGUCUUUUCUUGGGGCAAAAGUUUGAGGGCUAUUUCAGAGAUCCAUUCACAAGAUUGAGCUCAUCGGUUUGAUGCAUUAUUUCAUGAAGGAGAUUUCAUUUUCGGGUGUGGUAUGCAGUUUGAAUCUGUAAUAGUACAUAAUGAUUACAGGACAAUUGAGUGAUUAAAUGAUUGAGCCCUAAAUUUCUGUAAAUGAUGAGCUUAUGCUUCUUCAGAGGUAAAUUACUUGAGAUGUUAAUUGCUCCAAUUUUCAGUGUAAUAAUAAGACCCCCUUUCACUA